GAGGAAGAUGGAGACCGGGUUGGUUGCAUAUUGUUUAGCGUCUAUUGAUAGACUUGCUGGGGUACACGGGUACACGGGCAUCGGCUGAUUUACAUCCGAACCAGCACCGGACUGUGGGGUAAGCUCCAAAAGUGCGACAACAAUUGAAGUUCCAUCAUCAAGAAGCUUUUUACAAAUCAAAGAUCUUGAAGUUCAUCAACAUUCAAUUGACCUUAAUACUUCAUGUAACAAUGUCGCGGAAUGUAGCAGCUUCUGUCCUUCGAAGGGCUCUUCUCUAUGGUAUGCUAUUCAUCUGAACAUCAUACAAUGGAAGCUCCCUCAUGGGUAGCUAACCUACGAACAAGUACCAUCAUCCUCGCCCAAAUUCUUAGAGAAAUCCCGAGGAUUGAAAGUCGACAGUAUUGCCUAUGAUUUAGAGGACUCGGUGACAUUGGAGAAUAAACAGAUGGCAAGGAAGAAUAUAGUAGAUUUCCUUAGUGGUGAAAGACCAAAAGAUGUAGGAGAGUAUGUAUUAUAUAUUUGAUAUAUCUUUCUCAUGCUGCAAAGGCAUAAAAAUACUGACCUUACCCGCCCCCAGAAUAGCUGUGCGAAUCAACUCGGUAUCAUCAGGUCUAGCUCUUCAAGACCUUACUGAAGUUCUCAAAAGUCAACACCUAGAUACUCUCGUAAUACCUAAAGUAAAUUCACCAUCAGACCUCCACUUCAUAAACGAUAUUCUUCGUCAUUCCCUUCCAUCGCGACAUCCAUCUACUCCAUCAAACUCUUCAAAUCCUGUCAAAAUCCUCGCCCUGAUAGAAUCCGCACGAUCCAUCAUAAAUCUCACCUCAAUCUGUCAAGCAUCUCCCUACUUACACGGCCUUAUUUUUGCAGCCGAAGAUUUCUCCUUAGAUUUAAAUAUCACACGAACACCCAGUCUAGACGAAUUCGCCUAUGCAAGAAGUCAUAUAGCAACCUGUGCACGAGCAUUUAAUCUUCCAUCCACCAUUGACUUGGUGUGUACUUCAUAUCGGGGAAAUGAGGGACAAGCACGAUUAGAGGAGGAAUCUCUUCAGGGGAAAGGCCUAGGUUUUAAUGGAAAACAAUGUAUCCAUCCUUCCCAAGUGGAUAUUGUUCAAAAAGCAUUUGCGCCUGGAGAGGGAGAAGUAGAAUGGAGUGUACGAGUAGUGAUUGCGGAUAAGAAGGCAGAGAAGAAAGGGAAAGGAGCGUGGACAUUAGAUAAUAAAAUGAUAGAUGCACCAGUGACUGGUAAGGCGAGAGAAGUACUUAAGAAGGCUGAGUUGUGUGGGUUUAAUACUGAGGCUAUGAUGGAGAAAUGGAAGGAUCAAGAACCGGAGUAAAUUUGAGGUAUAUUGUCAGAGUGAAUGAUACAAAUCCUGACGUUCAGAAAUCUCCCAGUAUAUACUCUUGAUAUUUACUCUUUACUCUUUCGAUUUUUAAGUUUUUUAUACAUUCAAGAUCUUUAAAUUUUAAAGAAUUAAAAAAGUAAAAGGAAAUUAUUAAAUAUAUAUAAAGAGAGAGAGAGAGAGGACUAAAUGGCAUAUAAGUGA